AUGAAUGGCCGCGGUGCGCCGCUCUCACCUGUUUCUGUUGGCGGUAGCGAAUGGUCAUAUCCCGUCGGCGACAAAGACGGGCCUCCAUAUCAAAACACCCGUGGUCAGCUCAGCACACCGCCCGACUCGGCGGGACCAGGCAAGCCCAUGAACGGCAACUUUCCACCAGGUCCGAGGAGCGUCGGCGGGCCCUCGCCGCCUCCCUCGGUCGGCAGAUCCAGCGCCGGUACCAACAUAUAUGCGAGAAGCGAGAGCGGGAGGAGCCAGAGCCAAUUAGAAAAUCAAGAACUGGUGCUGUCUGAACACUAUUCCUCCCUCAAGCGAUUCCUCUCGGCCACAUCACGCGAUGGCAACCCGAAACCACCACCGAACAAGGCUCGCGACAAGCUGCAGCGCCUUACCGGCGUCCAGUUUCUCGAACUUAGUACAGACGUCUACGAUGAGCUGAAGCGACGCGAGCUCGCGAGCCGAAGACCCCCGAAUGCUCCACCCGGCACCGGCCCUCCCGAUCACCUAUUACCCGAAGAAAAUUUUCACCCGAAGCGGAAUCAGGCACGCCAGAAGCUCUCCUCUCUGGGACCUCCGCGGUUCCGCGACCUGGCCACUGACGUGUUCUGUGAGCUGGAGCGGCGGUUCCCACGUUUCGCGGGGCCGGACAUUCCACGGGUCGGGAGUCCAAUGUCGGUCCGCGGCGGGCGACCGAGUCGAUCAGGGACACCCGUCAACGGAAUGAACGGAUACCCUCCGAGGGACCAGAGCCGAAGGCGUCCCUCUGAAGCCAGCUCAGUUCGUAGUGGGCGCGGGUUGCCGACGCCUAUGAACGGCUCCUUUCCUAUCCCGCCAUCCCCCUCGGUGACAAAUGGCGAUUACGGGCGACCCAUGCCGAAACAGUUCCAGAGCAACACAAUCGUCCCGAACAAGAGCACCAUGGUGGAGGAAGAUGACGAUUCCAUCAGCCCCACAAGUCCAGACCCCAACGCCGCCGGUGCGUAUAGGGAUCGAAACAGCAAGCGCAGCGCAGGACAAUCCGAGAUUUUACAGUCCGACAAGAAGCUUAUCGAAGACUAUGAGCAGCAGGUCAGGGAGCUGCGGGAGAAGCUUGACAAUAUGGAGGACGUGCUGAAAAAGAAGAACGACGAACUCGGUAGCCUGCUAGACGGCGAACGCUCCAAAGCCGCUGCGGCGAGCUCGGCUAAGGAGGAGUGGGAUGAUGCGCGUGCGGACCUGGAGGACAAGCUAGCUGAGGCUCAGAAACUGAAUGAUUCCCUGCAGCGGGAGAUCGACAGGAUGCGAAGCGAGCACGCGAACGAGACGCGGCAAUUGAGGCAUGACCUUGAGCAGGCCCAAAGAUCCAGCAGCAAACCAAUGUCGAACGGGGCGGCCGAUAUCGAGCUGGAGCGGGAGAAUAAGGCACUGCGCACGGCGCUCGAAGAGCAGGAACAAGUGACCGAGGAGGUGCGGCGGGAAGCCCAGGAAUUUCUCCGGGAGAUGAAAAUGAUCUCGCAGCAGAGCGUCGGAGCUUGGGAGAGACAGUCCGAGAUGGAAAAGACGAUUGAGUCGCUCGAGGCCGAGGUACGAGAGUGGCAGAACCGCUAUGCGCGCGCAAAGACGCAGUUGCGGAACAUGCGUGGUUCCUCGGCUGGCCUCGCGGCCGAUCAAGACGCUGCCAAGUACGUCCGGGAGAAGGGCUUUGUGGGGGACAAUGGAUUGGUUAAGGACAUCCACGUCACAAAGUUCCAGCUGGCCAUCGACGACCUCCUGCAGCGCGCGCGUAGGGACAAUUCAGAGCGGGUGAUGGAUGCUAUGAAAGCGGUUGUCGUAGCUGUUCGGCGGAUCAGCAAGGACAUCGACGGAUCGGCACAGAAUGGGGACGCCGUCAUGCAGCAUCAGAAGCUCAAAUCUCGAGUAUCUUCUACGGCCAACAAUCUGAUAACGACGGCCAAAAACUUUGCCAGCUCGGCCGGCAUAUCCCCAGUAUCACUGCUGGAUGCAGCCGCAUCUCACCUUGUUGCAGCGGUCGUUGACCUGCUUCAAGUAGCCAAGAUCCGGUCCACGCCCGCGGACGAGUUGGAGGAUGACGACAAUGGAACCGUCACCCCCUUGGAUUCGACUGGCUUCUUCUCCCCGCAAAGCAAUGGCCAGAGUCAGAUAUCGAGCGUAACUUCGGUCCAGAGCUCACUCCCGCCACCUCCGCCAUUCCAGGGGUUGGGUCCCAGGAGUCGGACCAGCGUAGACUCAUCCUCCUACAGCCCUGUCAGCUCGCCACGCGAGUCGCUUGCCAAGGGUGGGAUGACUCCCAAUGGAUCGGCCGCGAACGGCAGUGAAGGUGGGUACGGCGGACUGAACAAAGCUCUCCCCAUCGCUCCCAACACCAACGGGAACGGAAACGGCUUCUACAACACGCGGCAGCCCGACAGACGGACGGAGGACCUCAAGAUCUACCUCGAGGACCAAACGGCCGUUCUGGUGCAGACAAUCCAGAACCUCGUCCAGCUGGUCCGAAACGACGCCGACAUCAACCAGGUCACGGAGGAGAUCCACGUCAUCACGGACGUGGUCGGGCAGGUGACGGCCGAGACGCAGUCGGCCGGCGGCCCCGGCGGGGCGGAGCUGGUCAAGCGGGUGGCGGCGUGCCGCGAGCGGCUGAUGGAGGCGGGCAAGCGGGGGCUCGACAUCGUGGCUGAGGGCAACGACAGCAAGAGCCGCGAGUGGCGCAUGUGGACGCAGACGCUGCCGCCCAUUGCGUUUGAAAUUGCGCGCGAGGUGAAGGAGCUCGUGCAAAAGGUUGAUCAGCUCGUUUUGGAUGACGGGAGUGCGGAUGAUUUUGCAUGA